AUGGUACAUAUAAGUACUAUGUAUAAUAUUGUGUCGUUUAUUUUCUUAUUUAUUGGAAUUAUUAAUGGUUACGCAAUAAAUUCCGAAGAUAAAUUAGAGGAAAAUUUUAUCAUUCCACAUUAUACACAUUAUGAAGAACUUCAACAGUUGUUUAGUUCAUUGGCUCAGAAGUAUCCAAAUUUGGCAAAAGUGUCUUCCAUAGGAAAGUCUGUGGAAGGUAGAGACAUAUUAGUUCUUGAAAUUUCUGAAAAUGUUAGAGAAAGAAAACUGUGUGAACCAAUGGUGAAAUAUGUUGCUAACAUGCAUGGUGAUGAAGCUGUUGGUAGAGAAUUAUUAGUAUAUCUUGCUCAGUAUCUUUUGUAUAAUUAUGGAAAAGAUGAAAGAAUUACAAAACUAGUAAAUAAUACUGAUAUCUUUCUUAUGCCAUCAAUGAAUCCUGAUGGUUUUGAAAAAUCAGAGGAAGGGAAGUGUGAAUCAAAGAAAGAUUUUUCAGGUCGUGAAAAUGCAAAUCACGUUGAUUUAAACAGAAAUUUUCCAGAUCAAUUUAGUAGAAGAACCAUUCACUCCCAAAAGGGAAGCAAUAUAUUAGAUGGACGUCAAAAUGAAACAAUAGCUAUGAUGACAUGGAUUGCUACAGAACCAUUUGUAUUAUCAGGAAAUCUUCAUGGAGGUGCUGUUGUAGCCAGUUAUCCUUAUGAUUCUGGUAUUUCAAGCCCUUGUUGUAUCGAAAGUAAAAGUCCAGAUGAUGAGUUGUUUAAAUACCUAGCCCACACAUAUGCUGAUAAUAAUGCACUAAUGCACACAGGUAAUGCAUGCCCUCCAGAUGUUUUUCGAGGUGGUGUUACUAAUGGAGCAUAUUGGUAUGAAGUUAUUGGAGGAAUGCAAGAUUUUAAUUAUGCUCACUCUAAUGCAUUUGAGAUAACAUUUGAACUUAGUUGCUGUAAAUAUCCAAAUGCUUCUGCAAUGCCAGAAUAUUGGAGAUUAAAUAAGGAAUCUCUUAUAAAAUAUCUUGAACAAGCACAUAUUGGAGUGAAAGGUCUUGUAAGAGAUUCAGAUGGUCAACCAAUAGAGGCAGCAAAUAUUGUUGUACAUGGAAUAAAACAUAAUGUUUCAACUACACAUCGUGGAGAAUAUUGGCGUUUAUUACUACCUGGAACUUAUUAUAUUCAUGCUGAAGCAUGGGGAUAUCAACCAAGUGAACCAAUAAGUGUCACAGUAGAAUCAGGUGACCCAACCAUUGUGAAUUUUACCUUAAAACUGGACUCUUAUGAUGAUCAAGGUAACCUGGAUGCAGAUCAAGUUGAAGAAGUUUUAUAUCCUGUAAACAAAUAUGGAUUCUUUCAUAAUAUGGAAUUCAAGCAUCAUAAUUACAUAGCAAUGGAAAAGUACUUAAAAGAAUUAAAUUUAAAUUAUCCAAAUAUUACAAGACUUUAUAGUAUAGGAGAGUCUGUUAAUGGGCAUCAGUUAUACGUUAUGGAAAUAACAGAAAAUCCUGGAAAACAUAGCCGAGAUAAACCGGAAGUAAAAUAUAUAGGAAAUAUGCAUGGGAAUGAAGUAGUUGGCAGAGAAAUUUUAUUAUUGUUGUUGAAAUACCUUUGUGAAAACUUUGAAAAUGAUAUAAGGGUUACGAAAAUACUAAAAAAUAUAAGAUUACAUGUAUUACCAAGCAUGAACCCUGAUGGUUAUGAAAUAUCUAAAGAAGGAGAUGUGUAUGGAGGAUGGGGAAGAGCAAAUGCUAAAGGUGUUGAUCUCAACAGAAACUUUCCUGAUCAAUAUGAAACAAACGAUUAUAACAAAGAACAAGAACCUGAAACAAAAGCGGUAAUAGAUUGGAUUGCAAGCAUUCCAUUUGUACUUUCUGCUAAUUUUCAUGGAGGAGCAUUGGUAGCAAAUUAUCCAUAUGACAAUGUGCCAAAAUAUACAUCUAAUGUUGAAAACUUAAGUCCAGAUGAUAAAGUUUUUAAAGCCCUUGCAUUAGCAUACUCAAAUGCACAUCCUCGUAUGCAUCUUGGAAAACCGUGCCCCUCUAAUGGCCGAGUACAAAAUGUGUUAGAAAAAAGUUUUCCAAAUGGUAUAACUAAUGGAGCUGCCUGGUAUUCUGUUAAUGGAGGCAUGCAAGAUUAUAAUUAUGUUUACAGUAAUGAUUUUGAAAUCACUGUUGAAGUAGGAUGCACAAAAUUUCCAAAUGCAAUUGAGCUGCCAAAAUAUUGGUUAGAAAAUAAAGAAUCUCUUUUACGUCUUAUUGAAAUGUCUCGUAAAGGCAUACAUGGUGUAAUACAGUCAUCAAUUGGAAACCCUGUACCUCAUGCUAAAAUAUCUGUAGAAGGAAUUAAACAUGAUAUCUAUGCAGGUAAUGAUGGAGACUAUUGGCGCCUUUUGGUUCCUGGCAAAUAUAAUGUUACAGUUAGUGCAGUAGGAUAUGAAUCCCAAAUGCAAACUGUAACAGUACCAGAUGGUGUUCAUAUAAGAGAAGGAGAAGUAACACUGGAUUUCACGUUAAUGCGAGAUGAUCCUCAACAUUGGUCAUCUGCUUACGACUUUCGAUUAAUAGCAAAUUUACAGAAUGCUUACUUAAAAAAUGCCGAAUUAAGCGCUAGGUUUAGUCAGUUGGAAAAUCAUCAACAAAAUAUUGCAGAAUUUCAAGCUGGAGAGUCAUUAAUUAGUAUGGCCAUACAUUCUCUAAAGAUUACACAUAAUAUGGGUGCACCAGAGGAAAAUAAAUUUCAUAUUGGCUUAAUUGGAGGACUAUUUGCAUCUCAACCAAUUGGUAGGGAAAUUUUAUUACGAUUAGCAACUCAUAUUCUUACGGGAAAUCAAAUUGGAGAUCCUCCUAUACAAAAAAUAUUGAGCAACACUGUGUUGCAUUUCGUACCUGGUGUAGAUCCAGGUUUUGAUAACAUAAUUGAUGUUCAUGAUUGUAAUGCUAUUGUGCAUGAUGAAGUAGGCAAAAGAUUAUUGCUACAAAAUAAUGUUAAUUCUGAUAAAUUGAAUGCAAUUACUAAUGCAUUUAAAACAAUGUUAUCUAAUGAAGGAUAUGAUGUGAUAGUACUAUUAGGAGGUGGAGCACUUGAAGUUAGUUGCACAGAGGAUACUUCGAAUGUGUAUGCGACACUUGCCAAAAAUUAUGAAUAUUCAAUACAUAAAGAAACUUGCAACAUUCCUAAUGAUACAAAAAGAGUACAAAAUUACAUAAAAAAUCGAUAUAACAUACCAGUAAUAAGUAUUAAUAUGGCUUGCUGUAAGUAUCCACCUGCAGAAUCUAUUUCAACCAUUUGGCGUGAAAAUUUACUGCCUUUGAUGCAACUUAUUCAUGGUUUUACAACUGGCAUUCGAGCAGUAAUAACAGAUGUUGACAAUACUCCUUUGAGGGAGGCUAUUGUUAAAAUUAGAACCGAUAGUUAUCAUGUUUCAAAAAAUAUGGCUUAUUUCAAAAUUAUUCUGCUUCCUGGUGAAUAUAUACUAACAUUUUUCUGUGAAGGGUACAUCGAACAAUCUGCGAAAGUUCAUGUCUAUAAUGAAAGUAUAACUGAUCUCCACGUUAAAAUGAUAAAACGUCAAGUAGAAAAAGUAGAACAUCAGAAAGAUAAUGAAGAUCAAGAAAUAAAUGUCGUGAAUCAAGUUUUAACUGAUCUAAACAAUAAAUAUGCGCAAUUAUCAACUUUACAUACUAUUGGUAAAUCACAAAAAGGUAUUCGAAUAAUGUGUUUAGAAAUUGGAACUGAAAAUAAUUAUAAACGCAUUGGUCGACCAUCUAUAGCUUUUGUGGCUGGUAUUUCAAAUGGUGCACCUGUUACUUCGAAAAUUUUAUUGCAUUUUGCAACAUAUUUAUUAGAUCAUUAUAGGAAAGAUAGUAGAAUUAAAAAUUAUUUAGACAAAUUUACAAUAUAUAUUGCACCAAAUUUAUCUCAAAAUUUUACUAACAAUCAAUCUUGUUCCUCAUUGAUUAUGGAUAAUUUAGAAUUUCCCAUUAAUAAUGCACUAAAUACUGAAGCAAGUAUGAUAAUUAAUUGGUUUAAAAAAGUUAACACAGUAUUGGCAAUAAAUUUAAACAUUGGUUCACAACAUAUUGAAAUUCCGUUCACGGGAAAAUAUGGAAAAGUACCUGAAGAGAUAUAUAAAACUGAUGAUGAUGAUGUAUUACAAGAUUUGGCACUAUCAUAUACAAAACAUAAUAUCCAUAUGACUUCAAAAAAACCACAGUGUAAUCACAAUUUGCAUAUAAAUACUAAUGGUGUUGUUUAUGCUGGAAUGGGUAUAAAUGGAGAAAGAGAACAUUCUUUAAUGGAUCAUCUUUAUCUAAAUACAAGUACAUUAAUGAUAGAUGUAUAUAUUACUUGUUGUAACACAGAUGAUUCAAGAAAUGUAUGGGAUGAUAAUAAAGCUAGUUUAUUAGCGAUGAUAGAAAAACUUAAUGACGGAGUAAAAGGAUAUGUCCUUAGUAAGAACAAUGAGCCAGUUGAAAAUGCUAUUUUAUUAUAUAACAAAUCAAUACAUCAUGUUAGAAAUGGAGUGAAUGGUGUUUAUUGGCUUCUGUUUCAACCUGGUACUCAUGUUGUAAGUGCUAGUGCAUCAGGAUAUAUUCAACAGACAAAGAUCUUCAUUACACCAGAUGUACACAACAUUUCACAUUUAAUAUUUAAAUUAACAUAUGAUGACAAAUAUAUGGGAAUGCCCAGAACCGUUUUUAUUAUACUUACAAGUACUGUAUGUUUGACACUUAUUGCAUGCUCUGUCUUUAUUUGUGCCAAUUGUCAGUCUUCCAAGAAUUCACAAAAACCUAAUUGGAAUGGAUAUGCAUUUAGUUUACUUAAAGGUGGUACAAGUUUCUUUGAUGAUGAUGAAAAAGAAAUUGAAAUAUUUAGAAGACCAUUAAAUGGGCAUAUGCAGAAUAAUGAAAUUAGAAAACCAUAUUUUGAUGAUGACAAUAUGUCAAGUUCUGAUGAUGCUAGUGAUUUAGAAUUUAUUAGGCCAGGUAUAGAGUGGGAGGAGGAAGCAACUAAAGAAAAUAGAUAA